CAGUUUUCACUAUUCAGUAAAGUUGUACAGUUGUGAGUUGAGUUUUAACUUAUAAUUUUUUUUUUUAUUACCUCGUCUCCAUUUUUCUAAAUGUCGUUUAUUUUUGUAAAUUAAAAUUUCAAUUUUCCGUGCUCUAAGGGCGACGUCUUGUAAAUCAUAAUAAUGUACUUAAAUACCUGAAUUAAAUCAUGUUUGUGAUGGUGAUAUUGCAUGUAUAGUACCUAUAAAUGAAGUUAAAUCAAGAGUAUUGGGUAUCAGAACUACCCAAACCACUUACUCGUAUUCCUAUUACAGAAUUAGCAAUUCCAGGAUCUCAUGAUUCAUUUUCGUACACCAUCACACCACAUAGCAAAUUAGGGCCAGAUGCAUCGAGACUUGCAAAAUAUUUAAACUACCUAUUUGGACCUGCCAUGCGACGAUUCGUCUACAAAUGGUCUAUUACUCAAACAUGUGAUAUUCAAACUCAACUAUAUCUUGGAAUAAGGUAUUUUGAUUUAAGGAUGGCAACUAAACCAAAUGAUAGUAAUUUUUACACGGUUCAUGCACUUUAUGGUGAUCCAGUUAUGAAGGAAUUGAUGAAUAUUAAGGAAUUUUUGGUGACACAUACUAGAGAAAUUCUUGUACUGGAUUUUCAACAUUUUUAUAAUUUCUCAGAAGCUGAUCACAAUCGAUUAUCCUCCGUUUUGAAAUUACUAUUUUAUGGUAUGAUUUGUCCUUAUUAUUAUCCAAUUAAAAAGCUUAACUUGGAUUCAAUGAGAGCAAAUAAUUGGCAGGUGAUUAUAAUUUAUAGACAUUCUCAAGAUGAUAUAUUUUGGCCAUCUUCAUAUUGGCCAACACCAUGGCCACAAACCACAUCUUAUAAAAAGUUAAUUGGAUUUUUAGAAUGUGGUCUUAAAAAAAGAAAACAAAAUGCAGGAUAUGUAACUCAGUGUCUUUUUACUCCAGAUGUAAAGUUUAUAGUGAGAUAUUUUUAUUUAAAUCUUCAAAGUUGUUGUCGUCCAUUAAAUAUUGCAAUACCUAAAUGGAUAAAUAAUCAAAAAACAGGUUUUGAGCAUGGCGUGAACGUCAUAAUUGCAGACUUCAUUAACAGCAAUGGAUUUAAUUUCUGUGAUAUUGUUGUCCACCUGAAUUAUAAAUGUUUGGAAACUUUAAAAAAUACAACUGGUUUUGUAACAGAAUAAUU